UAAAACUUGACCAGAAACUGAUGAGAUGCAAAGAAGGAAACACUUCAGUGUUUCAGUGCUGUGCUUCUGUGGCGCUGGGCAAGUCUCCACAUGUCACGCUAAUGUACAUUUAUGUAUUUAGGUUAUUUCUGUAUUUAGGCUGCUGACAGAAGCUUCGGUGACUGAGAGGACGGUGGUCCAAUAGGAGUGGGGUUCGGCUCCCCCGCGGGGCUGUGAUUGGUUUGCGGGGUGGCAGCGGGGCGGGGCUGUGAGAUUACAGCAGCAUCUCUCUCUCCGCAGAUCCAGCAGACAUCUACCUACCCGGGAAUCAGACCCCUGAGCAUCGGACGCUGACAUCCUCCACCUACUCACCCCGGUCGCAGUCUGUUUCCCGACACGCACCCACUCUUCGGUGUUGGUGUGGUGGCUCUGUGGGCUGCAUCUCCGGAGGGAGGCUGCUGCGCUCCGAAGAGACGGACGGUCCGUUUCUGCCGGUAAAAACACGGAGAUACUAAGGCUAAAACCCGGGAGGAUGAUGAUGGACUGAGCUGAUCCGACGUCUGAGAGGUUUUUAGGGCCCGAUGGAAGCUGCGACACAUCUGGACCUGGAACGUCUGGAUCCCGGCUCCAGCUUCGGUCUGGAUUAAAGAGCCGUGCUCAUCACCGGGGGUUCGCUGUAUUUGUUUUGUUCCUUUAGUUUUUGCCCUUUCCUCACAGAUAAACGGUCCUGAUUGAGAGUUUGAGGGAGCAGGCGGAUCCCCCUCCUCCUCCUCCUCCCCCUGCUGGUCUGGAUUAAAGCCCAUCAGGAUCAUGAAUCAUCCCCCCUCCGUGACUGUAAUCUGGGCUUUACCGAGCUGGAUUUAAAUCUGAGAUCUGAUCUGGAUUACUCUGCUCCUGGUUCUGAUCGGGUCACAUCUGGCCCGGUCUGAACCGGUCCCGGAACUGGUGUGAUCUGUAACUCGGUCCCGGUCGUCUUGGUGCUGGUUUGGGGGAGUUCUGCUAUCAUCAUGCCGACGUCCCGGCCUGGUUCGGAGCCAGUGGAGUUCUGGGUGGACGGAUCAAGGCGGGACGGGACGGUGGAGGAAUUCUACACCCUGAGCUCGGAGCUGGGCAGCAAACACCAACACCCACAACACUGACAGCAGAUCUGCAGAAAAUGAUGAAAAUGAUGUCAGCAGUGAAAUCAAACGUAGGAGCGACUUCCAUUGUGUAUCGCUGUGAGGAGAAACAGACCCAGAAACCCUACGCCGUCAAAGUCCUCAAGAAAACGAUUGACAAGAAAAUUGUUCGCACCGAAAUCGGCGUUCUGCUGCGUCUUUCUCACCCAAACAUUAUCCAGCUGAAGGAGAUCUUUGAGACAGACACAGACAUUGCUCUGGUGCUGGAGUUGGUGACUGGAGGAGAGCUCUUUGACCGGAUUGUGGAACGUGGUUACUACAGUGAGAGAGAUGCCGCUCAUGUCAUCAAACAGAUACUGGAGGCUGUGGCGUAUUUACAUGAGAACGGUGUUGUGCAUCGUGACCUUAAACCAGAGAAUCUGCUGUACGCCGACCUGUCUCUGGAUGCUCCACUGAAGAUAGCUGACUUUGGUCUUUCGAAAAUCAUAGAUGACCAGGUGACCAUGAAGACAGUCUGCGGUACUCCAGGGUAUUGCGCUCCAGAGAUCCUGCGGGGAAAUGCCUACGGCCCUGAGGUGGACAUGUGGUCGGUGGGCGUGAUCCUCUACAUCCUACUCUGUGGGUUUGAGCCCUUCUUCGACCCAAGAGGGGAUCAGUACAUGUAUAGUCGUAUCCUCAACUGUGACUAUGAGUUUGUUUCUCCGUGGUGGGAUGAGGUCUCUCUCAAUGCUAAGGAUCUGGUCAGUAAGCUGAUUGUCCUCGACCCUCACAAGCGCCUCAGUGUCCGGGAGGCCCUGCAGCACCCCUGGGUGUUGGGUAAAGCUGCCCGGUUCUCUCAUAUGGAUACCACCCAGAGGAAACUACAGGAGUUCAACGCUCGACGCAAACUUAAGGCGGCCAUGAAAGCUGUCGUGGCCACAAGUCGGAUGCAUGAAGGUUCGCGGCGUCGCACAGACAGCUGUGACAUUCCAGGUUCAGGGGCUUCCAGGCAGAGCAGCAUGCAGCAGGACCCGCCUCCUGAGUCUGCAUGCUCCACCCAAAAAGACAAAGAGGCUCCACCUCCUGACCAGCAGUUACCACAGGAAGUUGAAUCGAAGUCUGCUGACCAAAACGCCCUCAGCCCCUCUCCUCCACGCAGCCCCAAACUACCCAGCUCUGAUGUCACACCCACAGGGCCCAUCCCCACCAGACCGCCACUGCGCGCUGAUGGGCUGCGACAAGUAUCUGUAAUCCCUAAAAGCAUGCUGGUCCAACCCCGGCUGCCGCAGAAAAGCUGCUCUGUCAUAGAGCCAACCCCUAGAGUUGGGGCCACACCCACACUGGGCUCACCCCCAAGUCCCAACAACCUCAGCAAUGGCUUCACAACUGGGGCGGAGCCUACCAGUAAGACCACCCACUGCCAGUGAUCACAUGGCAAAAUUAUAAAAAUUCUCCACUCUGCUUCAGUUUCACACAGAAGUAAAAAACUUUCAGCUUUCAGCAUCUAAAUUAACUUAUUCGGACCAAAUUACAGUAAACCUAAAAUCUGCAGCUCAUCGCGCACAUUUAACCAGCAUCACCACAAGUCUGGGAUCUCUUUGGCUUACAUGCUAACAGAUACUGAUUCAUGGAGGGUUUGCUGGACACUUCUGAAGAUGGGCAGGUGUUUUAUCUUCGGUUUUUUAGUAUAAAGGCCUUAGAUUAUUUAGGAAAAGUAAAAAUAAGUUCUCCCAUCAGCACUCGUUCGCUCUGGCUCUUUCACCGUGGUGAGGAAAAUAACACCAAGGUUUUUAAAUUAAUGUAGAAUAUAUUUAAAUAAAACAUCAUUUAAUUACUUUAUAACAUUAAAAAAAAUUUUAAUUAACAUUUAAAAAUUAAAUUUUACCCCCCAAAUUAUUAAAAUAUGACAAAUUUCUUUCAAUUAUCCAUGUUAAUCACUUUACACACACGAUUAUGUGAAGGUGGACUAAAAACACAACAAAUGUAAUAAAUGUGAAUUGUUUCUGUUCAGUAAUGCAAUCUCAGUAGUAUUGUGAGCUUGCGUGCUCAUUUUCACUGAGACAGUGGAUGUGUUAAGCUAAGUCAGUGACAAAUAACCAGCAUGCUGGGGAGCAGUUUUCAAGGCCGUGCACAUUUGGACUGGAGGGUGUGUUAGCAUUUAGCUCACCCACUAUAGCACUUCAUCAAGUAGCUCUGAAUUGUUUAGCACAUCAGCAAGACUUUGUAUAUUUUUGCAAAGACUCAACAUAUUUGGAACAAAUUCUAAUAAUAAAAUAACUCGGAAGAGCUACAAUUUAUUUGUCUUACCACAGAAAUGACCCAGUGACAGUGACGUGUGUGUUUACAACCAAAAUGAAGCACUCCAUCAGUGACAUUGGACAACCGGUGUCAAAAAGGAGCUAUUAUUCUUUUAGUUUUUGUUAUUUUCUAUAAUAUGUUACAGUUUGAGCUUUGAAUAUUAAACAUGGCUAACAUUUCAAAUAAAAAGGUGAAAGUAUGUAAAAGUUAUCCAUGUAUGCAAAAAACUCAAUUUUCAGACUUCUAGAAAACUUGUUUACUGCUGGUUUUUGUAUUUCUUUUUAAAUGUAAUAUUUUUUUAAUGUUCAAAAUUUUAUGUUCUCAUCUGCUACAGGCAGUAUAUGCUUACCUAGUGUCAGGCUUACAGAAGUUAGCGGAUUCGAAGAAAGUGGGUUUUUUGGGGGGACGGCUGAAUAUCUCGUUUCAGACCUGAUGAAUUGAGGAGAUGCAGUAUUUUUCAACUUUGCUAACUCUGCACUUGCUAUCUCAGUUGUAGAGAUUUGGGGAAACUUUAGAAUAAACAGGCCACUGCGGCUUUCAAAGUAAACUUUAAUGGAGCACACAUUAUAACAGUAAAAGUAAAAACUAACACCCAGAAAGUUCCUGAAUUACUGCAACUAAAUGCCGUUAUUGACUGAGCCGUUUAUCACAUACUGAGUUUUUAAUAACCCAGAUUCACCAAUAAAAUCUGCAUCUAACAUCAACGAGGUUAAUCAGGGAGGAAAAAAAGUGCUUCAUUUUUGCUGCAAACAUUUAUUUUGGUCUUUGCAGACUCGCACAUUAAAGCAACAUUACAACAUUUUGCGCCAAACACUCACAUGUGCUACAGUUAGCUUAGCAUAGCAUAUUACUGGCAAUAAAGAAGCAGCUAGCUUUGUUAUAAGUCCACUUUCCACCACCUUCAGACUUUACAGCCCAGAUCUCGUAAACAGACUUGGAUUGCUAUCAUGUGAGCUUGAUGAAUGUAUCUGGUACCAGAGCAAUUAGGAUCAAUUUUGGACUCUUUUUUUUUUUUUUCUUUAGCAUUUCUGUGGUAACAUUUGGGCGAAAUCUGGCAAAGAGCUGACUGUUUGUACCAGUUUGUGGGCCAGAUGAUUGUGCCUGCUGUGAAUUAGAUUUGCACCACAACUUGCCUGGGUUUGACAAAAUCACGUUCAAAUCCAACAUUCAGAUACUGUAUGGAUUCCCUAACUGAGCGGCACAGUGGGCCCCCUUUACUGCAGCUAAACAUUCAACAAUCUAAUUUAAAAGAAAAACUUUAAAGAGGCAAUAAUCAAUUAUUUCCUAAAAUCCUAAACUCCCCAGGUUUAAUGUUCAUGCUUUCUGUCUGUUGGCAGGUGUAGGUGGAAUUUCCUCCAUACUUAACACAUAAACAUGAAACUGAAAUCCAUGCUGAUCUUUUCCUUUAAGUCCUGAUCUGGGACAAACUGAGACUUGAGUAUUAUGUCUUGGGCUGCUUCUUCUGCUUCUCCGGGCACAGAAAGUGGACUUUUCCUGUGAUGCUCAGGACAGAGACUGAUUGUAUUUUAUUAAACUUACACAAUGACUUAACGCUCACCUGCAUGAACAGAUGUGCUUGAUUCAUGGACAAAGAGAGAGGGCGCAGCUUUUUUCUCAGCUUUUUCUUCUUCUUCUGCAUCCCUUUUUUUUUAGCAUGCACGCUCAGACUUUCAUGUUGCUGUAAAACUCUGAGUUUUUUAAUCCUUUUUACUCUUUACCGUCGACACCCGCUGACGUGGUCACGCAGCUGUAUGAGUAAAUAGAGUACCUCCAGUGUGUAGCGUUCAGGUAAGUAACUUGUGUUUGUGAUCUUCUCGUAAAACGUUGUGUUGUUUACACUUUAUCAGCAGUGACGAUGCGAUCUUAUUUGCACUGUACAUACUGUAGUUUGGUUUUAGACAAGUUAUUACUGACAUCUUUACUGCUAAGAAACAUGUUCAGUGUUUAAGCUCCCAAAUAUACCAAAUUUGACCUUUGUGGGAAAUAAACCCCUUUCAUCCGAUCUAAAACCACACAUUCUACCUCUUUUUGUACAGGGGCUUCCAAAAUGAAAUGAAAAGAUGGAGAGCGAUCUGGAAAGAAAAUGAGAUGAGACAAGAAAGAUCCAAUUUACAUUUAUACUUAAGGUUACGGUGGCCAAGACAGAACCAACAGAAACUCUGAGAAAACAGAAGCAAGCACUUUAAAGCAGCCAACAGUGUGUGCUACCUAGCAGGAAACAUUAUACUGCGUAGCUGGUUCCACAGUAGUUAAUCACUGUGAGGUUUUGGAGAUGUUAGAGUUCUUAAGAACACUAUAUUGGCUAUCGAGUGGUUUCUCAAACAUUUUGUUUAAUGUGUCAAAUGUGCACUCACGACACCACAGCUCAUUAGUCAACAAGUCCUGAAUUUAUCACGAGUCAGUGCAGGAAAUUCCUCUUAACUGACUGCACAUAUGCUCACACAGAGCAAUUAAUAUGUUUGCUUAAUCACUGAGUGAGGCUGGUCAGGAGCUACAGGCUCAUGAUGAACUGGCUGCUUCAGAUGUUGUUUAUCUGAGCAAGGCCGCAAUCUCCGAAAAAUCAUGGAGAGGCUUUCCAAGAUGUACAGGCCUGGAUGCCUCAUACUUUCAUUGUUUUCUGCAUCCUUUCCUGUCUCGUUGCCACCAAGCAGACUCCCAGGCCAUCGGUGCUGGCACUGCCACCAAGCAGUUUUCUUGUACUGCAUAUGAAGAAUGGACACGACGUUGGUUUUUUGAAUAGAUGAGAGGGUAGAUAGCUCAUGUAUCAGCUAACACUAGCAAGCUUGGUCAGGAAGCUGCAUCCAUUAGCGUAAGGUGAAUGAAAGGUUCAAUAUCAGGACUUUCACACGUGCGACAGGGGUUAUGCUUUUUUUAGACCUAGCGAACUAAAAAAUAUUUUCAGUUUCCUGGAAGGUUUGGGCAAAACAACUAAAAGUACUUUACUGCUGGUUGCAAAACUGUGACAUCACAAAAAUGUGACUGUUUACUUCCAGCGGUUGCCCUACAUCAGAAACAUCAGCUAUGAUAGGACAACACCAAAAUGACCAUAUCAGACACAGAUACCUGGCAGGUUAUGCUAAUUAACACACAGGUAAAAUACUAGAAAAACAUUAGUGUCACCUCUGUACACUCAGCGUGACAGGAUAAAAAUCUAUUGAGGUCAAAACCGUUUUUGUAUCAAGAUAUAAACAUAUAAACAUUUUUCCACCUGACCGUCAGUUUUCAGCCCCAGAGUUUAGAGCUUGGAGAAAGUCUGCAUUGUCCCAUCGGUUUUGGCACCUCGUGCUGGUGCAGUGCUGUGGGGAAUGUUUUCUUGGCUCACUGUGGACCCUAAUACCAACAAUCAUGGACUGAAUGCCAAGGAUUUCAUGAACACGAUAGCAAGUGUGAACCCACCAGAACACCUUUGGGAUGUGGUAGUACAGGAGAUUAACAGCUGUAUUCUAAUGGAAAGCUGUAAAAGUGCAGAAGCAAUGAACAUGAUCAUCACUGUUACUUUGCAAUUCAGCAUUUUCUCACUGUGCUUCUGAAAGUGAAAUAAGGAUGCUUAACUAAAAUCUGUCAGGCUGCAUCUGCAUGACAUCAUCAACGUUUGAAUCCGCCUCCACACUGACAAGUUGUUUCUCAGCAGAGAGCUCAGUCCACAGUGAACCACUUCACAUAAAACCAGUCCAGUCUCUGCGUUUUCAAGCCGCUUUCACUUUGCAAACAGCAAACCUGCAUCCCAGCAUCGUGUCAGAUAUAAAUCCAGAACCUGGAAGAUAACUUAAGCUAAUAUCUCACAGCUUUGAUUCUCAGUGAGCAGUUAAUAAUGGAUUGGAUUUCAUAAAGCGCUUUACAAUGCCACUAUUCAUUCACUCUCACAUUCACACACUGGUGGAGGCAAGCUACUGUUGCCCCCCACACAGUCGCCCUGCUGAUUUGAAGAUCAAAUCUUUUAUUUUAAAACAAGCUAAUUAAGCUGCAUGUGCAACACACCAGGCUGGAUAAAUGUCAUUAUUUAUCAAAUUUGUAAAUAAUAUUAAUACGUUGAAGCAAUCCAAUGAAGCCUAUAGUGGUGUUUGGUAUUUGAUUUAGCUACCUUUUGACUCUUUUGACUCAAUUCUGAGUCUAAAGAAACUCAUUUUAAAGCACUUUAAACAGAAACAUGUGAAGAGGUGCAGUAAAGUCUCACUGUCGUGUUUACAGCUGCCUAAAAGUCUUCUCAGUUUUUUCAGCUUCCUCUGCUUUGUGUUCUGUCUCAGCCACCAUACAAAAUCCUAGAUUAUGAAGAGGAGCACAUUUGUUCCUGAAGGGCUUUUCUUUUUUAAAGAGGAACCACAGCUAUAACCAACACUGCUCCCAAUAUUUAUACAAACUGAUGGAUGGAUGGACAUGCCGAUCACAAGCUUACCCUCUCAUAAAUUCAACAGUCUGUCUGUCUAAUCACUGUCCCAUAUUUUAUUUAGAAAAAAAUAUAUUUGCAUUUAUGCAUCAAAUAAUCCUCUUCAAUUUAGAUCACUCACCCGAGUUUUCACAUGUUUACAUGGGAAGUAAUUAAUCAUUAAAAAGGAAAUAUCAAACCCGGAGUUUCUGUGAUUGGUCAUUCAGACUGUCAGUCACAAAACAUAUAUUUGGGAUUUUGAAUUUCUGACUGUGAGUCAGACUUCAGUUUGUGAUUUGGUUCCUCUUUAAACCAUUCAGUUAAAGCACGAGUUUUCCGUUGGACAGAUGUGUCACAGCUGGAUGCCACGUUUACCUGAGCACAGGUGUUUAAAGCUUCUUGCCAGACGGAACACACUGGAUAACUAGCAGUCACGGUGAACGCAUGUAACUGUAUAUUUGAUUUAUAUCUAUACACUUCUGUAAGAACAUGAACAUUUUGCUUCUAUUUAUCUAGCCUGUUAGAGAUUUGCAGGGUGGGGUUGAAGUGGGUGGGGCUACAACUAUAAAUGGUAUUUGUUUUGUGUUUGAUGAGUAUAAUUGUACCUUUUUUUUAAAGUUUCUGACAGCUGACAUAUAAAGUAACAGUGUAACAGUCUGAGCUGUUACACGUGUAUCUUUGCAUGUAUUAUUUAACUUCCUUUGAUCACAUCAGAUUGAAGAAGCAAGCAGGGAGCUUGAAUCCUGCAGGACUCUGUAACAGCAGCUCAGCUGAUCUGAGGUCUGCUUGAAUGAACUUUUGCUGCAGGAUGUUUCAGGCAGGGUUUUGCAUCACAUGUACAGUAAAGGAUAUGAAUCACUCA